GUACCUACCUAUGUAUCUCCCAAUCGCCACAGGUCACUCCUCAUUUUCCACCACUGCAAUCCGACCGUCAUCAUCUUUUUCCCGAUCAACCCAUUUAUUCUCCGAUUGCCAGAAAAGAAACAAUUCAUUCUUUGACAUUCCCGAUCAACCCAUUUAUUCUUCUCAUUUUCCACCACCGCAAUCCACCGGUCACUCCCCAUGUGUUAUGGCUGUCGCCUUCCAUUUAAUUUUAAAAGAAAAAGACACAAUUGUGAUAAUUGUGGACUUGUGCUAUGCCAUUCAUGCAGCAGCAAAAAGUGUCUCAAGGCUUCCAUGGCACCAAACCCAAACAAGCCUUAUCGUGUCUGCGAUAACUGUUUUGCAAAACUUCGGAGGGCCACUGAAACCAACUCUUCAUCUGGGUCUGCUAUUAGUAGAAGAGCAAGUAUGAGUCAGGGAUUCAACGAACUGAUUCAAAACAAUUUUAAAGAAAUGGAAAGUGGAUCUUCCAAAAGAAACAAGAAAAUGGAUUUCAGCAGCAAUCGUGUUAUUCCCAUUGCAAAUGGAGUUUCUGAGCCUCGAGCACUCGAUGGAUCAUCCAAAAUGUUUUUCUCAGCUCCUUCAGGGCUUACUCUUCCAAAAGUUGGGGAUGAUGCUAAAAGGAAAAAUGUCAGUCUGAGUGAAGAAGUUCUAAAAUUAAAAGCUCAGGUUGAAGAUCUUACUCGUAAAGCUCAACUUCGAGAAAUUGAGAUGGAAAAAACUGGCCAACAGUUGAAGGAGGCUCUGAAAGUAGCGGGGGAAGAAACUGUGAAAUGCAAAGCAGCAAAGGAAGUAAUUAAGUCGCUCACAGCCCAAAAAGCCAGAAGGAGAGUUUGGUGUCUCAAGGCUUCGCCAAAAAAAAAAGGGAAAAUUUCUGAAAGGUUACCAAUUGGAACAGCAUUUGUAUCGAGCAGUGAGAAAAUUUCUGAUGUGCCACGGGCCACUUCUAAUCACACUGAAGUGGCACAUUCAGAAGCAACAGCUAGGCAUAAAAACAGAGGAGCAAAAACUGAAACAGCACAAGGGGUUGAAUGGAUUGAGCAAGAUGAGCCUGGUGUAUAUAUUACCCUUGUUUACUUGCCUGGAGGUGUCAAAGAUCUCAAGCGUGUUCGCUUCAGUCGAAGGCGGUUCAGCGAGAAACAAGCAGAGCAGUGGUGGGCGGCAAAUAGGGGUAGAGUAUAUCAGCAGUACAAUGUUCGGGCGGUUCAAAAAUCCCAGUAUUCCGACUAGGAGAGCAGGGUUAGCUCAUUGAGCUGCUAAUAUCAGCCGUAUGUUAUUAUUAUAUAAGUGGAGAAAAGUUUCUUUUUUAAGUGUCCAAUAACUUGUAUAAUGACGUAUGGUGUACGUGCUCGUAUUCCGGACACGCUAAAACAUUUCUCUACUAAUAGAGGCCGCUAGUAGACGAGUUUCGGAUAAUGAAGGAUUGAACCUACUUAACUCUUAAUCAAAUGAUAGUGUAAUUGAGUGGGGAGGCUCAACUUUUAGUUCUUUA